AUGCUGGAGGGCUCCUCAAUGCACCCCUUGCCAUUCCAGCAGAUGAGAGGAGGAGGUGGUGGCUAUGUUGCGGACAUGAUGGCCCUUUGGACUUCGUUUUUGGCUUUCUUGCGGGAGCGUCCUCUCUUGGAUCCCGUGGCUGUAAGAGAUCUCCUCUUGGAGGCCUCCAUGGCCGAGUCUUUCCAGGGCCCUGGUGGCCAUGGCCGGGCGGAGACGACCGAAGCCAUGACCACCCUGCCACCUCAGGCCACAUUUUCUAUAGCUCAGUCGAAAAUGACGCGCUGGACUGAAAGCCUUGUGGACGAGCAAAUUUGCAUUGGCAGCCCCAUGGCGCCGUGCGAAAUACACUCCAGGGAGCCAGGGGUUGAAAGCGUGCUUGCGACGCUUCACAGUACAUUGAGCCUGGGCUUGGGCUAUGUUUCGUCACAAGGCGAUGGCUCUGAAACAUCUAAAUUGGUGGCCUUGCUUGAUCGGGUACGUGCAUCGUUGCCACUGCAUGCUCAACAGGACUUUCUGCAGGACAAGCGACGACGUGAUCGACUGAAGGAUGUCUGUCGUGUUGUGCGUGCUGCCCGGAAGAAGGGCCAGCGACUGAAGCUCUGCGUGAAUAUAAACUUCACCAAGGCGCUGAAUGCCCUGCGCGAGCAUCAUGAGGACAGCUGGGUCGGCCCCGCGUUGGAGUCUGUUUGGGAUGUUAUGCAGAAGAUGAAGCGGGUGUUUGGGUUCGAGCUCUGGCUGCAUGAGGAGGGGCAAGAGCCGCAGUUGAUCGCAGCGGACUUCGGCCACGCGCAUACCUUCGGCCGUGCUUACUAUGUGGCCACGCGGAAGCCUUUGGCAGAUCUGGCGGCCGCGCCGCCACCCGGGGGCGAGCGCGUUCCUGUCGGUGUGGUUUUCGAGGAUCUCUCGGAGGAUGACCUGUGGGGUGCUGCCGCCCUAAAGGCGGAGACCUCCACCUCCAAGUCAAGCAAAGCACCCAAGGCUGAGACAAAAGCCAAGAAGCCCAAGAAGCAACCAGAGACUUUGGAGGUCCCCAACCUUGCAGCUGCAACGACGGCGACGAACGGGCUGAAAGAGAAGCUUCCCAGCCUCUCGGGAGAGCCAAAGCCAGUCGAGCCGACGCAAGGGUACCAGCCAACUGCACGGCCAGCACAACCUGCCAAGGACGAUGCAAAGCAGCAAUUCUUGGCGGCUUUUCAGAAGCUCGUGUCAGAGGGCCUUUCCGAGACUGAGGCCGCCGCUAAAGCACUGCGACUAGUGCAUGGUUGA